AUGAAGGGGACAGGGCAAAUGGGCCGGCUGGGUCAACUGAGACCGGCCCGGAUAGCUAAGACGAGGGGGGCAGGGGUAGGCGAGGUCAUUUUGCACCCUUCGUGCGCUCGGGGCCGACGUGGCAAGCUGUGCUGGAGCGCCACGAGUGCAAAAAUGAUAAAAGUGUAUCUCGGAGCGAACAACGCUGGUGAAAGAAUAUGGGAAUUCGUCAAGAUUUGCCGAGUAUCAGUCCAGGUUCCGAUUUGGUGGCUGAAGCUCUGUUUCUCCAUGGCGCUUCGUUUCGAGAUAUUAGGAAGAUUCAAUCGCGCCCGUGCAGCUUGCUUAACUCUUCCCCACUUUACUUGUCAAACACCACUUUUUAUGCCUGUUGGAACUCAAGGUACAAUAAAAGGGCUGACCACUGACCAGUUAGAGGAUAUAGGUUGCCAGAUCAUACUUGGAAACACCUACCAUCUUGAACUACGUCCAGGGUCUCAACUUAUUGAUGACUUGGGUGGCCUGCACAAAUUUAUGAAUUGGAAAAGGGCAUUGCUGACUGACUCUGGUGGUUUCCAAAUGGUUUCGUUGCUGCAUUUGGCUGAUAUUACUGAGGAAGGAGUUACAUUCCAGUCACCUGUUGACGGGAAGCCCAUGCUCUUGACACCUGAGGAAUCUAUCCAUAUUCAGAACAAUAUUGGAGCUGAUAUAAUCAUGGCACUUGAUGAUGUUGUAAAGACCACAAUUACUGGCCCAAGGAUAGAAGAAGCUAUGUAUCGUACCCUUCGUUGGAUUGACAGGUGCAUAGCUGCUCACAAGAAACCUGAUGUCCAGAACUUAUUUGGGAUUGUGCAAGGAGGAUUGGAUCCAGUUCUUAGAGAUAUCUGCGUGAGGGGCUUGGUUGAGCGGAAUCUUCCUGGAUAUGCAAUUGGUGGUCUUGCUGGUGGCGAAGACAAGGAUUCAUUUUGGCGUGUUGUUGCCCAAUGUACCGCUGGAUUGCCUGAAAAUAAACCACGAUAUGUUAUGGGUGUUGGUUAUCCACUUGAUAUUGUAGUAUGCAGUGCUUUGGGUGCAGACAUGUAUGACUGUGUUUAUCCAACACGGACUGCUCGUUUUGGGACUGCACUUGUGCCUGAGGGUGUCCUGAAGUUGAAACAUAAUGCAAUGGCAACUGAUGAACGGCCAAUUGAUCCUACCUGUUCAUGCAUGGUCUGCAAAAAAUAUACGCGUGCCUACUUACAUUGCCUGGUAACAAAAGAUGCUAUGGGCUCUCAACUGCUGUCAUAUCAUAAUUUAUCAUUUAUGAUGCGGUUAAGUAGAGACCUCCACAUGUCUAUUCUUGAAGGACGAUUUCCAGAAUUCGUGCGAGGAUUCUUGAGGGUGCAGUUCCCAAAGGGGGACGUUCCACAGUGGGUUCGUAACGCGAUGGAGGUCGCUGGCAUUGACAUAUCCGAGUGCUGUGCUUCCACCAAAUGUCUGACACCAAGCGUCCAGGGGCCACCUUUAACUGUGCCGGCUGACGCAAAUGGAGUUGUGCCGAAUUAA